AUGACGACAUCUUCAAACCGAGAUCAUUUUUUUCAGACAUCCGCAUCGUUGGAUGACCAGGAACGGAAAGAUGCCAAGUCCCAGAACACCAAUGGAAAUCCAAUUCGACUGCCAGGCAAGAUUCUAGCAGCUCAUCCAGAUCCCUGGAACAAUGGUUCGAUCUACGUUGCGCAUAGCAAUGGCACCGUGAGAAGGAUUGUCCUUGCCACAGGAGAAACAGCUAGGCUGUUUACAGGUCCGAUGGCUCCCGUGACUAGUCUUUGUUUGAGUCCCGAUGGGAAGCUCCUAUUUGCCGGCUGCUGGGACAAAGCGGUUUGGAGCUGGGAUACGGCUACGGGCCAGCCGCGCCAGAAGUACGAAGGUCAUGUUGAUUUUGUCCGAUCACUUACUAGUGCGAGACUGCGUGGAGACGAUCUUCUCAUCUCUGGUGGAGCCGAUGCUCAAGUCCUGGUAUUCAACAUCGCAAGUGGCGAGCGAUUGGAGACCUUCAAGGGCCACGCUCGCGGGAUCCAAGACCUGGCGCUUGACCCUGAAUCAGAAGGCAGCCAACCCAUCGUAUUCAGCGCGGGUAGUGAUCGGGAGAUCCGCCAAUUCAGUAUCUUUGGUGGGGGUAAUACGACUGACCCCCUCCUCCCACAUGAAACCAGUGUCUACAAGCUUUUCUUUGAUAAUGAUGGCGAUCUUUGGACCGCAUCUGCUGACAAGACAGUCAAAUGUCUGGUUCGAGAGGAUGGGUGGAAGGCUAAUAUGACACUGGAGCAUCCUGACUUCGUGCGUGAUGUUGUCGUCUAUGAAACAGGAGGCUGGGUCGUCACUGCCUGUCGAGACGAGGAAGUUAGGGUGUGGAACCGAUCUACUGGAGCACUUCAUCAUACUUUCUCCGGGCACUUCGAGGAGGUCACCGGGCUUGUCCUUAUUGGGUCAACUAUUGUCAGUGUAGGAAUCGAUGCGACUAUUCGCCAGUGGUCCCUUCGACCUGAUGAGCUCCAGAAAGCAGUUGAACUUGCUAAGAAGCCCACAGAAGACGAGAAAGAGGAGGAAAAACCGGCCGAAUCAAUGCUAACGGCGGAGGAAGAGGCAGAGUUGGCAGAGCUAAUGGGAGAUGAUUAG